AUGGCUUCCACACUCUUUCCCCUCGCAUUCCUGCGACCCGCAGCUCUGCCUCGUCCAGCAACCGUCCAGCGAUUUCUCUCCGCGAGCACGAGCGCGAGCCUCACGCGAACAUCCAUCCGCUCCAACUCAACAUCAACAUCAACAUCCACAACCACAACAACGACAACGACGACCACACCACUCCCCCCUACAGCACCGCCAACUACCACCUCAAACCCCCCUCUUAAAUCCUCUCCAACCACAACCGCCACCGCACCACCAAUCCUCAAACCCUACCGCCUCACCCUCACCCCCUCGCACCAGUACCCCAUCUACAACUUCGCAAAGCGCGGCGGCAACAUGAAGCUUACGCGCGUCAAGCGCAUCGAAGGCGACCUGGCCGUCCUGCGCCAGGACCUGCAGACGGCCCUGGGCCUCGAGGACGGCAAGGCCGUGGUGGUGAACCCCGUCACGCGGCAGGUUAUCGUCAAGGGCCACUUCAAGUCUCAGAUCCAGCAGUUCUUCCAGGACAACCCGACGACGGUGGUAGCUGCUGCGUAG